GAGAUCUAUCGAAGAAAUUCGUUAGUUUGUAUUUGCUUACAGUUGUCAGUUCAACUGACUCAGUUGGUCGUGUACGAGUAAUGUUAAUAUAAAUAUAAUGUACUUUUUCGAAAUCAAGUUAUUAACUAUUGUAUUAUUGAAGUGUUUAAGAAAAUAUAAUCCAUAAUCAUAAUAUAAUGGAGAACGAUAAAAAAGAAGAGCACAAAAAGGAAGAAAUUACAUGGGGUGAACGACACAAACAAGCAUUAAUACUUUUUUUUGGUCUGGUCAUUUCAUAUGGGUUGAGAGUUAAUCUGUCGGUUGCCAUUGUAGCCAUGACUGACAAAUCAAGCGCCAAUACACAUUUUAUAGAGUUGCCCUGGAACGAAUCAUCAAAAAGCCAAGUAUUAAGCUCAUUUUUUUGGGGAUAUCUAAUAACUCAAGUAUACGCUGGACAAAUGGCACAGAAGUAUGGAGGGAAAUAUUUCUUGGCUGGUGCAUUAGGAAUCAGUGGUGUCUUGACAAUAUUCACCCCGGCAUCAGCGAUACACGGUGGUGUAUUAGUUAUGUGUGCAAACAGAAUGGUUCAAGGAAUGGCACAAGGUUUCAUAUUUCCAACAGUUAAUGUUUUGCUAUCAAAAUGGGCACCUGCAUCUGAAAAAGGACGUUUGAUUUCAUUUGUGUUUAGUGGCACACAAUUUGGAUCAUUGGUUAUGCUUCCCACCGCAGGUCUAUUAGCUAGUAGUUUAGGAGGUUGGCCAUCUAUAUUUUAUGUAAGCGGUGCUUUGACAUUAGUCUGGGCACUGGUUUGGUCUUUAAUGGGAGCUAACAGCCCAUCAGAACAUCAAACUAUCAGUGAGGCAGAAAAAAAAUUCAUUAUUACCUCAUUAAGUAAUACAACAUCAAAUACGCCUUUACCAACUCCUUGGGGAAAGAUAUUUAAGUCAAUUCCUAUGUGGACACUUAUAAUUGCACACCUAACCCAGAACUUGGGUUUCUGGAUUUUAGUAACAAACAUGCCAACCUAUAUUAAUUAUAUACUAAAAUUUGACAUUAAAUCAAAUGGGUUUUUAUCUGCUAUGCCAUACUUGAUCAUGUGGAUCCUGAUUAUAGCAUUUUCCUGGAUCAGUGACUACAUCAGGACACAUGGUUUGAUGACAAAUACAAAUCAAAGGAAAAUUUGGAAUAGCUUAGCUCACUGGGGCGGAGCUUUAGCAUUGGUCUCACUUUAUAUAUUUGACACAUCAACUACAGGAGCAAUAGUUUUGUUGACUGCAGCCCUUGGUUUAAACAGUGGCGUUUUCACAGGUUUUUUGACUAAUCAUUUAGAUUUGGCACCAAAUUUUGCAGGCACACUAUUAGGAAUUACCAAUAGUAUAGCAAAUAUUACAUCAAUAUUGGGACCAUUGUUGGUAGGCUUUGUUGUAACGGACAGUAGUAACAAAGACCAAUGGGGCAUAGUGUUUUUAUGCUCAGCUGGGGUCUUCUUCAUUGGAAACUUAUUUUAUGUUAUAUUUGGAACUGCUGAUACUCAAUCAUGGAACGAUUCAUCGAUAAACAACGAAAUAAAAACAGGUGAUAAUGAAGACCCAUGAGUUACUACUACAAAAUAUUUGAUGGGAAUUAAAUGCAAAUUUGUUUUAAGUUAUUUAAAUAUAAAUAAUGUACUCUAAAUAUUUUAGUAUCAUUAAUGAUAGUAUUUAUUUAUAAAAUUUUAAAAAUUAUGUAUAAAAUUAAAUAAUUAACACAAAUUAUACUUCAAAUUGUAAAAAAACGUCUCCUUUAUCAAUCACCCAACCUAAAACACAUCAUAAGAUUUGAAUUUAUUUUCAACAAUCACAGAAGUGUUAAUCAGCGCCCAAAGUAGUGUGCAAAGCCAUUAUGAUAUGUUGAGUCAUUUAUUACCGCAACCAUUUUGGCUUAUCCCAAAAAUCGCAUUUGACAUGCAAAACUACACUAAAAACAAUCUGUACGCAGAUUUGAAACAAAUAUUAUGUAACUUGUAAUAAUAUAAUGUGUCGCCUGUUGUGGUUAACAGGGGACUUGGUAAUACAAGUCCAACAGGUCAGCUGUGAGGGAUAGCCUCGCCUGGGGCUGUGUUUCAGGGGACCCAAUUUAGGGUCCAACAGCUUCACUGUGACGACAACAACCAACCUCAAUCAGCGAACGUAGUAUAUUUGGACGGCAGGACUUGAUAGACAGAUACAAGUACCUGGUAGUGACGACUAUUCAGAUUUACAAGAUCCGUAGACUACCUUAAAUAGGUAUUAAGAGGAUGACAAAAAUCAUUCAUAAAUAUAAUAAAACUGUUCCAAAUAACUAACUGUUAUUACACAAUUUAAAAAAUGUAUAAGGUUAUAGAAAUAUUGAUACUAAUUAGUAAUUAUUUUUGAAUAAUGAAAAUGCAAUACUCAGGAAAUAUAUAAAUAAUUAAAUAUUUAAAUUGCCAGUUAUGGAAUACACUUUAGAUUGAAAUAAAAAAUAACUAGGUAAUAUGAGAGGGAUACAAAGAUUUGUUUUUAAUUUAAUCACAUACAGAGAUCAAUUAAGAUUAAGGAUUAUUAUAUAGUUCAUCACAACUAUAUUUUGAGUUAUCUUAAGAAUUCCAAUUUUAUAUACAGACUGGUAUUUUAAUUUGAUUAGAACAAUAUCCAUAAACAGAUAAUUUUAAAUAAAAUCUCAAUUCUGAAUAUCAGUAUAAUACUUUGAUCACUCUUAUAUGGUAUAAUUACGUCUUCAAAUAAUUGGCAAUAAGAAAAUUGAAUGAAGGAUUAAUAAACUUUCGUGAAUGAGGUACUCACCAUUUUUAGAGGAUUCACUUUAUUGAAAUAAUUGAACUAAUUUUCAGAUAUGUGCUUACAUUUAUUUGAAAAAAAAGAAUAUGCAUGGUAGUAAUCAAAUUUUUUUUAAGAAAAUUUGAUUACAGUGCAUUUCCAAAAAUUUAGUAUUAUAAAACAAAUAUUUCUUACCUUGAAUUACAUCAUACACACGUACUUAAUAUAUAAUAAAUUAUAAUAAUGUAAUGAUAAUAAAUUUGUUAAUGAUUUAGAAUAAUAAAAGUGUGUUUUCUUGUUUUCAUUUUUACAAUUAUAUUUUUAAUUCUAAUAUGUUAGUAAUUAAAACCCUAAACAUUAGGCCUUAAAUUAAUUUAAAAAUGCAAAAAGACAUACCAAAUAUUAUAGAAUUCUGAGCCGCGUCAUCUGAGAAAUCAGUAGGCACGUUAUAUAUCUAAACCUAAAAACACGCUUUUUUGAGAUGAACAAUGAAUAUUUACUAUAUCUUAUACGUGAGUGAUUAGUACUUACUCAUUCUCACAACAUAACACUAUAUAAAUAAUUAAAACACAUUCAACAACAUUUUUUUUUUUUUUUUUGUAUUAUAAACAAAUUUGCUGUGCAUUUUAUGCUGAGCGUAAAAAGUUUGUACGAAAUCCACGUCACACUAAUAAAUACUACCACACACGUUCUACAAAAAAAUGUACGUGUGACAUUUAGUUACAAACUAUUUUUGGGAAUAUACAAAUAAAUCAAGAAAAAAAAAUCCAAAGAAUGAAAAACGAGGGGUUAAGGACAUUUAAAAUAUAAAAGGACUUACUGAUUUUUCACUGAAACUGCGUUUCAGUUAUUAUUCAAAAUUUUUCCUUUUUCUGUAAACAAAA